AUGCAGCGCCACGCUGCAGCCCUCUCUCGCCCAGGCUCUGCAGGCGAAGGCCCGCAGAGCCCUUCGGCCAUUUCCGGCAACUGGGGGCCCCCGGAGACGCAGCAGAAAGCCCCUUCUUUGCCCCCUUUCGGGAGCCUGGCUGCGGAGCUGCAGCAAGAGCUGGACGCCGCGCAGCAGCACCUGCUGCGGUUUGCCCAGGUUUUUGAACUAGUAGGAAGUGCUGCUGGCGACUCGCCAGCAGCAGACCCUCUGAAGAUCCGGCCAGUGUCUUCGGAGGUCCGGAGGGAAGUGGAAGCUGCCCGCGAGGCCCACACGGAAAAUGAUGACUUCAAUGACUGCGCUGCAGCAGAGAACGCGCAGUCGGGGGCUUCUUCAGCAGCUGCUGACGACCCCUGCUGA